AUGUCCCUCCAGCAGACUCUCCAUGGUCUGAGCCCCUACUCUCAGUACUGGGUGUGUGUGGAGGCCUGUACCUGUUACCAGUGCUGCAGCCAGGGCCCCCUGGCAGAGCUGCACACCCAGGCCGCCCCCCCCACGGGCCAGCCCCGCCCUCGCCUGCUCACCCUCACCUCCCGCUCCGCACAGCUGGAAUGGGACUGGCCGCUCAGCCCCAACGGGGUCAUCGAGAGCUGUGAGCUGCAUGUUCGCUCCACUUGCCCCCAUCCCCCGCAGCCAGUCCCUGCCCCCUGUGUGAUGGGACCAGUAGAGACCUGUUUCUUUGGGAGAAGGCGGAGCCACAAUGUGACAGGCCUUCAGCCCUAUACCAGCUACAACUUCAGGACCGCUUGUUUCAACAACAUGGGCAGCACUGCCUCAGAGUGGACCCCAGUGACAACACUAACCGAAGCCCCCCAGUACGUGUCAGCGUUGGUGGUAGGCAGCAACCUGACCAUGGUGUGGCUGGACUGGGGCCCCAGCUUCUCCCUGCAUGGGGCCCUGAGGGAGUACACUCUGAUGGAGAGCAAGCUGAGGAUCUACAGUGGCUUCCACACGCACCUGCACAUCCCUCUCACCUCCCAGAAGACCCUCUCUUUCCAGGUGACCUGUAGCACAGAGGCAGGCAGUGCCAGUACUCCUACUGUCAGAUACAGCCCUGCCACUGGCAUAGGCCCACCCGAGCCCACCCCAGGCUGGGCCCCAGGGCAGCAGGGUGUGGGUGGGUCUGGAGGGGCGGUGUACUCAGAGCUGUGGUUCAUCCUGCUACUGUCCCUCCUGGGGCUGCUGCUGCUGGCUCUGCUGUUGGGUCUGCUGCUCCACAGGGCCCUGAGGAAGAGUCCCCUGGUCAGGGAGAGGCCCCCCCUGGUGCCCCUGCAGAAGAGGAGCCAGAGGGAUAGGGACCCUUUCAUGUUUGACACAGUGGCGGACUGCCUAGAGGCCAGCACCGUCACGUUAAAGAGCUUCACCUUGUACUCUGAGGGCGUGGCAGAAUCCAAGAUAGUUGGUGAUGGCUCCCGCUUCAGCCCAAUGUCCGUGCUCCGUGUGCCUAGCCAAUCAGAGCUCAACUACUCCUAUUCCCAGAAUUCCUUGCACCGCAGUGUGAGCCAGCUGAUUGGUGGACAGGACAGAAAGUCCCUGAUGGGGGAUGGGGGCUGGGACAACCCCAUGAUGCAGGGGCAUGACAGCGGGCUGUACGUUGAGGAGGAGGAGGAGGAGUUUGGCGAUGCAGUGAAAGCCUUCAGCUCGGUGAGGAAGGAGCACACCAUGUUCACAGACACACACCUGUAACUGGGGUCUGGACCCAGAACCACACACACACCUGUAACUGG